CGAUUCAAAAUGAAAAAGCCGGAUAUCCGUAACUCUACGAAGCAAAGCAAAAUCUAAAAAUAAACAUUUAUAAAAAUCGAAACAAAUCACAAAUAUUAAUAUUUUUAGAAAGAAUAUUCAAUCCGAUCCUCUGUAUGUAUAAAAUGGAUGCAAUGAAGAUCUUCUCCAUCGUUUUAGCUAUAUGGGGCUUCUUUUCUUUUGUCUAUCAUCAUUACCUUGAUGAAAUGAAGUUGAUUAACUUCUACACAAACCAUGUCGAGGAGGAUACACAAAUUUGAUGGAAUGUUGCAUAUGCAUAUAUCCUAUAUAAAGCUCGUUUGUGUAAUUUUUGUAGUGAUCCAUGCGAAUGGGAUGCAUGUCUCUCUGUACAGCUUGAGCCUGUGUAUCAACAAGGGCUGUUACUCAUGGCUUACCAUGUUUUCCCAAGGUUAUUGAAGGUUCGAGUUGAGUUUCUUAACCCAUAUACAUAGGUUUCUUAGUUUGAGGGAUUAACCAAUUAGAGUCGAAAGAUUGCAUAAAACUAUAAGAUAUUUACCAGUUUUAAUAUAGCUUAGAAAGAUGCUAACGCACCAUUCUGAUUUAUGGUUUAAGCGCACUUAAGAUAAACAGAGAUUUGAACAAAAUGUAAGUGAACAUUAAUAAUGUAGCGAGAUCCUCAGCCGUCCACUAUUAAGUUGCAAAAUAAUUUAAACUUUCGUUUUGUAAUUGGAUAUGCAUUUAGAUUUUGUAUAUCAAUGUUGUAUUCUUAUGUUAUGUUGCAUCUAAAUUUCGUUUGUUUUUUAAGUUGAUUCUUAUAACUAGAUGUUGCAUUUUAAGUUGAUUUUUACAUAAAUAUAUUACAUCUUAAUGCAAAGUCAAAAAUGUCCCAAAAAAACAACAGAUGGGCAUUUGCAUCCAGAUGUGCAUCAUACAAAAACAAAUGUCUUUGCUUGGAAAGAUGGGCAGACUUUCUCUGCCACGUUUUGGCUUAACCUCAGCAUUAUCUUGAGGAGAAAAAACUUCAAGACUAGCCAAAGAGAAAACUCAAAAGUGUGUUCCUAAAUAAUCUACAUGUCUAAUCAUAAGAGAACGAUAGUCACACGGCACAAUCCUAAAAGAAUUCAUAGAGACAAGUAAAUUUCAGUACUAUCCAGCUUGAAAAUCACACAAAUUGUCUUUGUGUUAUAUUGAUGUUUCUCCAGUAAGAUGCAAAGGAAAUUUUUCUGAGUAAAUAUUAGCUACACAUAAUUUUCAUCUUGACUCAACUCAUCUCUUGGUCAAUAAUAGUGCCAUCUUCGAAAAUUAAACUCAUGACAAGAUGAGAGAUAUCUAUAAAUUGAGCAUUUACUUAAUGUGGGGACAUGUUACAAUGAAAACUUUACAGUGAUCGGUUCCUGAUCACUAAAUAUAUAUAGCUAGCAUUUGGUAGCAUAUUAUCAACCAAGAUAACUGAUAAUAAUACCUAAUACUCUAGCUCCUAGCUUGUCCCAUCUCCAAGGAGGUAUAUUCCACAUCCACCAUGAAGGGUGAUCAAGAACUACAAGUCAUCGUUCAGCAGGGAAAAGAACUAAAUCCAACGGUUCAAGAUGAAAUCAACUCGGUCGGUAACAACCAAACAGGAGUGCCUCACUCAAACAUAUACAAACGGUGGCUCCGGGUGAUUGCCUACACAUUCUUUGUCAUUUCAGGACAAUCAGUUGCUGCAAUUCUAGGAAGACUAUACUAUGACAAUGGAGGAAAAAGCAAAUGGCUAGCAACUGUAGUUCAACUUGUAGGCUUUCCUGUUCUGCUUCCAUAUCAUCUCUUAUCAAUCAAAACACAUGCAACAACUCAUACAGAUAGCAAAGCAGCCUCACCUAGAAACCGCGUAUUAGUUUAUGUAGUACUUGGUGUUCUUGUAGGAGCAGGUUGCUACCUUUAUUCCAUAGGACUGCUUUACCUACCCGUCUCUACCUUUUCUCUGAUCUGUGCAUCUCAGUUAGCCUUCAACGCUUUCUUCUCUUAUUUCCUCAACUCACAAAAACUCACUCCAAUCAUUUUGAACUCUCUUUUGCUCCUAACUAUCUCUUCCACCCUCCUUGCCUUCAAUAAUGAGGAAUCAAAUUUCAAAAAAGUAACAAGAGGACAGUAUGUCACAAGUUUCAUAUGCACCAUUGGUGCUUCUGCCGGAUUUGGUCUAGUCUUAUCAUUACAACAGGUAGCCUUCCGAAAAGUGCUAAAGAGGCAGACAUUCUCAGAAGUUAUGGAUUUGAUCAUCUACGUGAAUCUAGUGGCCAGCUGUGUUAGCUUGGUGGGGCUUUUUGCUAGCGGGGAGUGGAAAACUUUGAGCAGUGAAAUGAAUAGCUACAAGCUUGGAAAGGUAUCCUACGUUAUGAACCUAGUGUGGACGGCUGUUAUCUGGCAGGUAUUCAACGUUGGUGGCACUGGGCUGAUCUUUGAGCUUUCCUCUCUAUUCUCGAAUGCUAUAAGCGCUUUAGGACUGCCUGUGGUUCCUGUACUGGCUGUCAUUAUUUUCCAUGAUAAAAUGAAUGGGUUGAAGGUGAUUUCUAUGAUCUUGGCUAUUUGGGGUUUCAUGUCUUAUGUAUACCAACACUAUCUUGAUGACAAAAACUUGAAGAAAAGUAUUGGAAUCUCAACAGAAGAAUCCUCUGACCCAUCAGAAGCAGAAGGGUCAAGUGGGCAAAAGAUACAGACUUCAGCGAGCUGAAAACAAGAAAGAUGAACACAAACUAUUUGUGUUGCAACUCAAGUGAAGUCUCAGCGUGAUCUUUUUCCUUUCUGCAUCAUUGUAACAGUUAGUAGGUUUGGCUUGACAAAAUAGUGAAUUGCUGUGAUUUAGUUUUGAGAAAAAAACUGUGACUGAGAAUCAAAUCCAAAAUAUGUUCUGUUUUUUUUCUUCCACAAGUCCAUUCAAGGUCAUCCAAACUCUAGAGGAAAAAACUGUGUGAUAGAGUAUUACUGAAGUGUGUAUACCUUGAACACGAAAGUGAUCAGUGAUCACUCAUAGAGGAAGAAUACAGAGGUCCCAGGAUCAUCGCAAAGAAUCUGAAAAACUUCCAACCACAUUUAAUAAAUAACCUGAUUCAAAUAAAUUUCUGAAACCU